AUGGAACCCGCACAGCCCCCCUCUCGGUCUGCCUUCUGGUCGCGUCGUAGAGUCCUCGGUCUCAUCUGCUUAGCUAUCGCAGUCUGCUUCUUGCUCUACCCUUCGCCCUCGGACACAGAAUGGGUUGUUGCAAUGCUCCCGAAUGCGGAAUUAUACCAAUGCGACCCCAAUGAGCCGGUCAAGAGCGUGGCUAUAAUCGGUGCUGGUUCCGGUGGUGCAUCAGCUGCCUACUAUCUUGAUCGCUUCAAGCAUCCUUGCAGCAGGGUCAAUAUUACUGUCUAUGAGCGCUCGGGCUAUGUAGGAGGUAGAUCGACCACCGUCGAUGUGUACGGUGACCCUACGGAGCCUGUUGAACUGGGCGCUAGCAUCUUCGUGGAAGUGAAUAAGAAUCUCGUCUCUGCAACUAGAGAGUUCGGUCUGGCGACUCAGGGAUUUAAGCCGAAGAUCGAGGAUCUGCCGAACUCGUUGGGUGUCUACGAUGGAACCGACUGGGUCUUCAUGGGAAGCGAGAGUGGCUGGUGGACUACAGCGAAGAUAUUAUGGAAAUAUGGCUUGGCUCCCAUCCGGACACAGCAGCUGAUGAAAACAACGGUUGGCGCCUUCCUCAAGAUGUAUGACGAGCCACAUUUUCCAUUCAAGGACCUGUCUCAAACGGCAUACGACGUCGGUUUGACCGAGGCCACGGCGGCAACUGGAGAACAAUUCCUGCAUGCGAAUGGCAUUCAAGGCCCGUUUGGGAUGGAUAUCAUCCAGGCGAGCACAAGGGUGAACUAUGCCCAGAAUAUCGACAAGAUACAUGGGCUGGAGAGUAUGGUCUGCAUGGCUACGGAUGGUGCUAUGUCGAUUCAGGGAGGCAAUUGGCAGAUCUUUGAUGGCAUGCUCAAAGCUUCUGGGGCAGAGGUUCUGCUCAAUACCAGCGUGUCGAAUGUCUACCGUCAAUCUGACGGCAGCUACGCCGUCAACGCGCUCUCGCCUUCCUAUCCCUCUGGUAUCGACCUCGCUGUCUACGAUACCGUUGUCUUCGCAGCUCCACUUCAGUUCGCAAAGCUCAGUCUCACCCCUGCUCCGGUGAAUCCACCUCCAGAAAUCCCCUACGUGAAUCUGCACGUCACGCUUUUCACCUCCCCCCGCAAACUUGAUCCACAGGCCUUCAACCUCGAGAGUGGCGUCCCAACAACAAUCCUCACCACGACCCCCAAAACCAACGCCAAUCCUCCACUUUUCUACAGCAUCUCCACCCUCCGCACCCUCACAAACCCAGCCACUCACCAACGCGAAUACCUUUACAAAAUCUUCAGCCCCGCCCCUAUCUCCACCUCCUGGCUUCACAGUAUCCUAACCCAAAACACAAACGACCAAAGGGACAUCAGCUGGAUCUACGAGAAAGUCUGGCAGAGCUAUCCGUACUUACCGCCUCGAGUUACGUUUGAGGAUGUGCAGCUGGAUGAGGAAGGGAAGGUGUGGUAUACGAGCGGAAUCGAGAGUUUUAUCAGUACAAUGGAGACGAGUUCGCUGAUGGGGAUGAAUGUGGCGAGGUUGAUUGCUGAUGGGUGGAAAAGGGAGAGGACUGAGAAGGAAAUGUUUGAGGACACGUUGGAAAAGGCGGAAAUCGAGGGCAAGGAAAAAUCGAUGCAAGAGGGAACGGAGAAGGCGGAGGGUGAGAGUAGAGAGACGAUGGAACAGGUGCCUACGGCUGGGAAAUCUACAGUGGAGGAGCUUUGA